GAAACCAGUCGGGGAAAAAUCCAAAGGAUGCUGAAGAAUGAAGCGGGCGAUGGGAACAACGCGAACAACUUGGGAAUGGACGACGUGGAUCCUCAUCUCUGCGACGACUCUGACACUUCUUGACCUCGCCAUGGCCAGCACGGGCAGCAUCUAUAAGAUUACGAACGCCACGUCCAAGGAGCUGCCUUACAAUGAUGAAACAGUGCUCACCUGUGAAAUGACAGUGGUGCCGGAUCUUUUCAAGUGGCGUUUUUAUCCACUGGGGCGGGAAAACGCGUCAAAACCGGAUACGCCGCUUGAUCUUACGCGGACCGAUUUCAUAACACUGGACACGCAUAGAAAUGAAAAGAAACGGUCCACGUUGAAGGUGUUGAUGACGAACGAUUCAUAUGCGGGUGAUUACCAAUGUCUUGCUCAUUAUGGCGCGCGUGUCAUUGCGUCUGUUCCGGAUAGGAUCACCGUGGAAAUGAGUAACUUCCCACCGCAAAAGGAUAGUUUUCUGACUAUAGCUACCGGGAAUACAAUCAUGUGGAAAUGUAACACGCCCGAAUCCAACCCACCUGCUUAUAUAGACUAUUCAAAAGAUGGUAAGUUCGUGCCGCAGCUUCCGGAUCCCAAGAGGACGUCACUCAUUAAAGCCAAUGCGACCGUGGCGGAUACUGGCACGUACAAAUGCAAGGCGAAGAAUGCCUAUCUCGACGGCAGUGGAAAGGAGAGCAGUUUUAGUUUGAAUCUGAUAGUUACCGAUAAGGCUUACACGGAGAUUCCUAGAUUUUGGCCAAUUCCUGCUACAAGCUACACUGUCAUAAAAGGAGAGGCGGUCUUCAUCGAGUGCAACGCAGUUGGGUAUCCAGUUCCUACGAUAACAUGGACCAAAUCUGGAAUGAGGCUACCUACAGAUAGGUUCAAACAAAUCCCUGGUGGACUUUACAUUUUAAAUGCUACUGCACAGGAUGCAGGAGCGUACGUUUGCGAAGCUGCUAACCGGAUAGGCAAAAUUCCUACUAUAAUACACUUAAUUUACCACGAGCCACCUCAAGUUAUUCAGGGACCAGAGAGUAAAAUCGUCAAGGAAGGCGAUACUGUAGAGUUAUUUUGUACAGUUUCCGGCAUUCCCACGCCUAAAAUAGCAUGGCUACUAAACGGAAAAACCGUAGUUAGAGAUAGGACCAUUGAAGUGCACGAGAACCACAUCAGAUUCAACUCGUUUGGGAAAACUCAAGGUGGACAAAUUCAAUGUUUUGCUACGAAUGUCGUGGGUACCACUUACGCUGGCGGUGAGUUGAAUGUUUAUCCCAAGCAAGUGCCCAAUGCAGAGUCAACUGAGGUUUCGGUGGAUCACCAUCAACGCAAUCAUCAAUCCAACAAUCACAGAAAGAAACCGGUAAAGAAACCAAAUAAAAAGCCAGGAUCAUCGGAAAUGAUACCGCCUAAUAAGCCAACAGUUUCUCGAUCAAAUGAUGAAUCUGUAGUGGUCCGUUGGACAGUUCCUAAUAACAGUGGGCUUAAAAUUAUAUUCUUCAAAGUACAAUAUCGAGAGCUCGGCCCUGCAAAUAGCAGCGAUGGCGUGCAGAAAGGACGAGCGGCAAGAUGGAAGACGAAUAAUUCCGACAUUGCACCGAAUAUUCGAAGUUUUGAGGUGACAGGCUUAAAGCCGGAUUAUUUGUACAAAUUUCGAAUUGCUGCGGUGUACAGCAACAAUGAUAACAAAUUGAGCCAGAAAAGUGAUCGAUUCCACUUGAAGCGUGAAGGAUUCUAUACGAAGAAUCCAUUGCCAGUGCCAUUCAUCAGUUACCGAAGAGCUAUUAAUACAACAUCUGUGGAAAUUUCAUGGACAUCCGACAAGCCGAAUGUAACUAUCGAUGGAUUCUUCAUCAGCUACAUGUCGGCUAGCAGUGCCGGUGAUUACAUGAAGGCGACUGCCGAGGGCGAGAACAGCACUAGCUACAUCAUCACUCAUCUGACACCGGAUACUGUUUAUGAUAUUAAGAUGCAAAGUUACAACACGUUUGGCGCGAGUGAUUUCAGUACCAUCGUGAAAUGCAAGACUCUCAAACCUCCAUCUCCUCCGACGCCGACAAUAAACAAAGCAAAGGAUACGUCCGACAACGACACCCGAGUGUACGUUUUCAUCGGAUUGGGCGUUGGUACAGUAGCGCUUAUUCUGAGCGCCAUUGUGUGUUUUAUUACCUGUAAAUGGAAACAGAACAAGGAGGCAGACAAAUCGCGGGGGGAUCGAAGUGAUAAACCCGCCGUGGAGGAAAUAAAUCAUCACAUUCAGGCCGAACCGAACGACUUUGAUUAUGUCGUUAAUCCAAAAUCGCGUACGAAUGGAUGCGCGUUACCCGGAAACCGGAUAACAAUUACAGCCAAUCCUCUAGCAGACGCUGACAACAAGAGUCAAAAUAUGAUAGAAAUGUCUUGUUUAUCCAACAACAAUUGCCCCACGCCGUCCGCUAGCACCGAAGACGGCGAGGCGGCAGAGCCACACGCCAACAGCGUCGCCACGUCGACCAGCAAUGGUGGCGUCACGAAGACGCCGGGCGUCGGAGGCAGCAAGCACAAGAAGAGUCGCGAGCGAGAGCACCGGCGGCGCAAGCAGCAUCAUAACUUGGAGAGUCCCCAGGGACCACCGCCGAUUGAGAACUACGUAUAACUACGAAAUUUGUGAUUUUAUUGCCCUAAACGAUUAAUGCGAUCGUUUCGACAAAAUUGUGAUUUUAUUUGUGAAGUUGUGACCGCAUUGUGCUGAGUAUCUAUUAAGUUGUUUAUCAAAAGACAAUUUGCCAUUUCGAAGAAUUAUUUAUCGAUUACGUUGCCCGCUUAUGAUCACUCGCAGAGUUGUACAUAUUUAUUGUUUUUGAAACAUUAUUGCGAGUCCAAUGUAAAAUAUUGCCUGAAUCGAUAAGACUAACUUUCCACACUUAAUAUUUAUAUAAUUUAUGAAUAAUUUUAGACAGUAUUAUAAUUUUGGGCGCGGAACCAGCGCUCGAGGGUGUCAUAUUAAAAUUAUUAUAGUUUUGGAAUUUGAAACAGUGACAAACUCAGUAUUACACGUUUAGUGUUCAAUUCAGUAACAACAAGUAUCCAGAACAAAACAAUCAUGACUAGCGGUAUUUAUUAUUUAAUUUUGCACAUUGCAUUUUCUAUGAUACGAGAAAAUGUUUUUACACUAAUCCUGAUUAUUGAAAUAAUGUAAGGAAAGUUUUGUACAUAUUAUUUAUAACGACAAUAUUGUAUAUAAGUAAGGUCUUUAAUCUUUUAGGCUACUAUUUUAUAUAGUGUAUUACGUUUGAACCGAUCACAAGUAUGUUCUAGAUUCUAGAUUAGCCGAACUACACCUGUUCCAUAUAUUUCGUGACGUGCCGGAUGCUCUAUUUCAGACAUGCUUUAAUAUUGUAAUUGUAAUAUGCUAGAAAUAUGACAUUUCAUCUGUUUCUCAAUAAACUAAUAUACUACAUAGUGAA